AUGGCCUCGCGGGGAACACGCAUCAAUUCCGUCCUGGACCAACCUUACACGGGCGUUAGGAACGACUCUCUCAGUACCUGGUAUCGGCACAUCCCGCUUGAUGGCAUCUGGAUCGACCUAAGCGAUGCUGCGUCUUACGUUGUGAGACCACAUUCAGACCUCUUCUAUCUAAAUCCCGCCCACCUUCCGUUCAGCCUGCCCGGAGAACCUGGCACGAUCGACUACCGGUACCUAGAAGGGUUCAAUGUCACCAACGCCACGGAAGCAGCUUCCGCUAGCUCAGACCUCUCCAAACGCCGCCAUGGCUUCUACCUCCUUCGCGACAUCAACUUAGGGCCGCACGGAGCCGACGCCAGGCGUUCGGUAUCUCAAAUUCCCACCUACGAGAUGCACAACCUGUUCGGUCACCGGAUACUCAAUGCAACUUACAACAAUCCCUUGUCGAUAUUCCCGAACAGACGCCCUUUCCUGCUCAGACAUUUGACCUUUGCAGGCAACGGUGCCAUCGGGAGCUACUGA